CCAACAUGAAAACUCUUGUAAUUAUUUGUUUAUUGGCCUCCGUCUUUACCUUUUCUGAAGCUUGUUCAUGUACAGGAGGACAUCCCCAAAGACAUUUCUGUGACGCAGAUUUUGUUAUUAGAGCAAGGAUUUUGCGGCGGACUUUAACAGGUGGCCCAACUUUACAGGGUGUUUACUAUACAGUAAUGAUACGGCAGUAUUACAAGAGAGGACCUCGAACAGGACGUCGAAUACAGAGGAUAUACACAGCUCUCCAUGGCGCCUCCUGUGGUGUGUCAUUUCGGAUUGGUCGUGAAUACAUCAUUGCCGGGUUUAUUCAAAAUAACAGAAGAUGGAGUGCACAGCUGUGUAGUUGGAACGUGGAAACAUCUUCACUUACCCCGUUUCAGAGAAAUGCACUGAGUAACGGCCUCUAUAGAAACAACUGUUUCUGUGAAAUCUUUGACUGUACUUGGCUGACCGACCUUGAUACCUUUCGCUGCCCAAGUUCAACACGGAAUAGGUGUGUGGUCAGAGACAACAGCCAUUGUUUUAGGAAGAAAAAUGCUUGUAUUAACAAUGGUAGGGGUUGUCGAUGGCAAGCCUCAUCUUGUGCAAGCUUUGGUGAAUUGGCUUCUCUAAAUGUAUUAGCUGGUCCUUCAUUACAAUAAAAA